AUGACGAAUAGUGGAAAAGCUUUAAAACAUAAAGAUCUGCCAAGAAAUGGCAAACCAAACUUUGUCUUCAUUAUCACGGACGACCAGGAUUUGCAUCUUGGCUCUCUCGAUUACAUGCCUUUAGUGAAAAAACAUCUUGGAAAGCAAGGUACUUUCUACAAGCAACACUACUGCACCAUCUCCAUUUGCUGUCCGUCAAGAGUCAGCCUACUCACUGGCAAAGCUGCUCACAAUACAAAUGUGACCGACGUAAGCCCACCAUAUGGCGGAUAUACCAAGUUCAUAUCGCAAGGUCUGAACGACAAGUAUCUUCCUGUGUGGUUACAAGAAGCUGGAUACGACACCUACUACACCGGAAAACUUAUGAAUGGCCACUCAAUCUCGACUUGGAACAAACCGCUGCCCGCCGGCUGGAACGGUACCAAGUUCCUUGUCGAUCCUGGUACCUAUAUUUAUUUCAACGCGACCUUUCAGGAGAAUCAGUCGCCCCCAGCGCCAGCUCCAGGCCAAUACAACACUGACUUGGUAAAAGCGAAAGGGUUGUCUUUCAUUGACACUGUCGCCAAAAGCGAUAACCCCUUUUUUAUUGGCAUUGCACCAAUUGGACCGCACGCCGAGUUCACUGGAUCUGGUCCUUUCACGAAGCCGGUCGGCGCUACCCGGCAUCAAGAGCUUUUUCUGAAAGCCAAAGCCCCGAGGACGAGCAAUUGGAAUCCGGAUGAGCCAAGUGGAGCCAGCUGGAUCUCGAAGUUAGAGAAGCUAAAUGACACAGUCAUCGACUUCCACGAUGAAUGGCACGUCGGUCGUCUCCAGUCCUUGCAAUCUGUUGACGAGCUCGUUGAUGAAGUAUUCAAGCGCCUUGAGCACUACAAUCUACUGGACAACACCUACGUCAUUUUCACAUCCGACAAUGGAUACCAUAUCGGCCAGCAUAGGCUCCAACCCGGAAAGACAUGCGCGUUCGAAGAAGAUAUCAACGUGCCGUUCUAUCUCCGCGGGCCAAACGUGCCCAAAGGCCAGACUGUUGAUGUGGUCACCACGCACACAGAUAUCGUACCGACGCUCUUUCAGUUGGCAGGUAUCGAGCAACGCAGCGACUUUGAUGGACAGCCGAUUCCGGUGACGAGCAAUGCGAUUGCCCAGCAAGUAAAGAACAAGAAGCGCGACCAUGUCAAUGUCGAGUUUUGGGGCGAGGGUAUCGACGAAGGCAAAUACGGUCUCGACGCACCGAACAACACCUACAAGGCAGUCCGCAUCAUCGGUGAGCGAUACAAUAUUUUGUACACAGUGUGGUGCACCAACGAGCACGAAUUGUACGACAUGACUAGAGAUCCGGGCCAACUCAACAACCUUGCCAUCCCCUCCAAAUGGCGCACCCUCAUCCUCAACCAGCCCAUCUCCAAGCUCCAAGCCCGUCUCGACGCCCUCCUUCUGGUCCUCAAGACCUGCAAAGCUUCCUCCUGCACGGACCCCUGGUCUGUGAUCCACCCCAAGGGCGAUGUUGUGAACCUGGAAGACGCGCUGGCGCCCAAGUACGACGAGUUUUACGCGAAGCAGCCGAAAGUGUCAUUCUCGAAAUGUGAACUGGGGCAGAUUCUGAGCUCAGAGGGGCCGUUGAAGGGGAACUCGUAUCACGGGGGUGAGCUGUGGCCGCACUGGGUUUAG